AUGGGCUCACCUGCGGCAUCAACAAUACCAGUUGAUAUCAAAAAACAUGGUAAAAAACCCAAUAAUCGUGCUGAUUUUGCUAAAAGUCCUAAUUCUUAUAAUAGUCGUAUCAACAGCAUUAAUCGUCUAGCCACUUCGAUACCUUCACUUAAUAACAACAAUAGCAAUAAUCCUUUAUUAUCAAAGUCUCAACCUAGUGAUUCUUUACUCAACAAUAACAAUAAUGCCAGUGACAGUAAUAAACUUAAUAGUGCAUCACCUCUUUCAAAUAGUUUUAAUAAUAAUGGAAAAUUUUAUGGUGCUACUUCAAAUGGAUCCAUGGAUCCUGCCGGCAUUAAUAAUAGUAGUGGUACUAGUGUUGGUGGCGGCGGUAGUGGUAAUUCGAAUGCUAUCCCCAUCGAUAUUCAAAAGCAGAAAAAAGCAGAAAUGUUGAAGAAUUAUUUAGUAACAAAGGAUGAUCUUGCUCGUAGUCUAGAAAAUAAUAAUAAAAAUGCAACAAAUUCCUCAGAUCAAAAUUUACCUGUUUACAAUGCAGCUCAUUUAUUACCAGGCGGCGAAGUAGCCCAUGAAAUUUACAAAUGGCAUAACGAUAUUGAAAGUGCGCCGAUGAAACGUACUCGUUCUCAAUCUUUAUAUUUACCAAGAUCAAGUGAUCUGAAUGUUUCAAAUAUCAGAGAACCAGGUGGAUUCCGUCGUCACCAUGUUAUAAUGAAGGCGAUACAAGAGGGAAAAUCACCGCCAGAUAUGAUUACCAGUAAUUUUAUUGAUUUUUUGGAUAUGUAUGGUCAUUUUGCUGGCGAGGAUUUAUUAGAGGACGAAGAUGAAAAUAUGCAUAUAGACGAUGUGGAAAUCUCUGGUGAAUAUCAACCUAUUGAACCUCCCGAUACUGUUCCUGUUCAUGGUGCUUCACCUUCAAAAGCCGUUUUCUUGCUAUUGAAAUCGUUUGUUGGGACUGGUGUCAUGUUUCUACCCAAGGCAUUUUCAAAUGGCGGGAUAAUUUUUUCAACAUUAGUAUUAAUAGCGAUUGCGGCAAUAUCUUUAACAUCAUUUUUAUUGUUGGUCGAAACAAGAUUUUAUGUUCCUCAUAGUUUUGGCGAAAUCGGACACCAUUUGUAUGGUCGUUGGAUGAGAUAUUCUGUAUUAUUUUCUAUUACUAUAUCGCAAAUUGGAUUUGUUUGUGCAUACAUAAUAUUUGUAGCGGAAAAUUUGGAAGCAUUAUCGAAGCAAAUAUUAAAUUUCCGAUAUCCAAUUUAUUACUACAUAGCAAUGCAAGUAUUUGUUUUUAUACCGUUUGUGAUGAUUCGUCGUAUAUCAAGGCUAUCAUUCACUGCAUUGAUUGCCGAUGCAUUCAUCAUGUUUGGUCUGUUUUACCUAUACUACUAUGAUGUUCGUGUAUUAGCAACUGAAGGUGUUGCUGAUAUCAUAAAAUUCAACAUGAGCGAUUUUGCUCUAUUCAUUGGUACUGCCAUCUUCACAUUUGAAGGAAUAGGUUUGAUCAUACCAAUUACAGAAUCAAUGAGAGAGCCCGAAAAAUUUCCAAAAGUGUUAACUGGAGUAAUGAUAUUUAUCACAAUCUUAUUCACCUCAAUUGGUGUUCUGUCAUAUGCAGCAUUUGGUAAAGAGGUUAAAACAGUGGUGAUUCUUAGUUUGCCACAAGACGAUCCAAUUGUUACACUUGUGGAGGUCUUAUAUGCACUAGCCAUUAUGUUAUCGAUCCCAUUGCAAUUGUUUCCAGCAAUUAGAAUUAUGGAGAAUGGUUUGUUUAAGAAAAGUGGCAAGGAUCAUUAUUGGGUCAAAUGGCAAAAAAAUUGUUUUAGAAUUAUGACAGUUGUUGUUUGUGCGUUUAUUUCUGGUGCUGGCGCCGAUGACUUGGAUAAAUUUGUUUCAUUGAUUGGCUCCCUUGCAUGCGUACCACUUUGUUUUCUAUAUCCACCACUUUUCCAUUAUAAAGUUGCAGCACGUACCAUCGGUGCAAAAUUGAUCGAUGUAAGACCAACCAAGACAGGACUUCAUUUAGAAUCUCCCCCAUCUUCAUCUAACCUUGCUGUAAAUUCACAAUAUACUAUUUAUUCACCUCCUUUCCACCACCAUCAAGUGACCUCUCCUAGAACCUCUCCCCCUCUUUUUACUACAACUUCUUCUUCUCAACCAUCACAAACCUCCUUUCCAACUUCAGGCCCAUUAUCGCCUAAUCUUUUGACUCAUAAACAAGUAUCAAAUCAACAACAUGCACACUCGGUAAAUUUGGUUGGUGAGUUGAUGUACGUAUUUGGAGGAUGUGAUUUACAUACAUGUUUCAAUACUGUCUAUGUUUUUGAUGCUGAUACUAUGUAUUGGAGUAAACCAAGAGUUAGCGGAGAAGGGCCACCACCAUGUAGGGCACACUCUUCAACACAUGUAGAUAAAAAAUUAUUCAUAUUUGGUGGAGGAGAUGGUCCAGUAUAUUUUAAUGAUUUAUAUAUUUUUGAUACAGAAACAUUAACAUGGUUUAAGCCUCCGACAACUGGAGACACUCCAUCGCCACGUAGAGCACAUACCACAGCAUACUACAACAAUAGUAUUUAUGUGUUUGGUGGUGGAGAUGGUGCACGAGCUCUCAACGAUGUCUAUAUGCUGGAUAUAUCUGAUUUGAAUAAAUUAGUUUGGAAAAAAAUAGAAACUAAUGGAAUUGCACCGAUUUCUAGAGGAUAUCAUACUAGUAAUUUGGUUGGAAGCAAGUUGGUCGUUUAUGGCGGAAGUGACGGCCAUGAAUGUUUUAGUGAUGUUCAUAUCUUGGAUUUAGAAAAAAAUAAAUGGACUAAAGUUCAUAAUGGAAAAGCCAAUCCAAGACUUUCACAUACAUCAACUGGUGUUGGAUCGUAUUUAUUUAUUGUUUGUGGUCAUGAUGGUACAAGAUAUACAUCUGAAUUACUGUUGCUAAAUUUAGUUUAUGGAACACAGCCAACUGGACGCGGAUAUCAUACUACAAUAUUGUAUGAUUCAAGACUUUUUGUGUUUGGAGGAUAUGAUGGAAAAGUUGUAUAUGAUGAUGUUUACGUUUUAGAUUUGUCUGCACAUGCCUAUUUACCUCAAAUCACCAAUUUUGAACUUCCUGAUCUAUCACAAUAA